UUACGAAUAAAAAAAACCUAUAUGUACGUGCAUUACGUUGUGACCAGUCUACCGAGAUCAUGCCGUUAUCUACCUUGGGAGGAGAUUCUUUUACGAGCACAUUGCACACACUCAUCGAUCUGACGUCAUGUGUUUUACAAUUAAAAACUUGUGAAGCAUUUGUGAUUACGUUUAUACUCUUACACAAAAGGAUUUAAACACAACUUUAAAAUAUGAGGUGGACAAAUCUCGCAAUUACCAUUCUAUUCAUAAUAAUAUCCAGAUCGCCCCCGACAUGGGGACAAAUUAUGGAUAUCGACGGCCCCAAGAAUAUUAGUACCGAUGCAACGUCCACAACUAAGCAAGUCUCUGCUUCCAUAUCCACGUCCCCGACAUGGGGACAAAUUAUGGAUAUCGACGACCCCAAGAAUAUUAGUAUCGAUGCAACAUCCACACCUAAACAAGUCCCUACUUCCACAUCCACGUCCAAAAAACAACAACCAGUUGACUGCAGUCAACGGGAAAAAUCCCGCAUACAGCCAAUAUUCUCAUCAACUUCACGCUUGCGGAAAUGUUGCCCACUUGGUGAAAAUUUGGACAUUUAUCGUGAAAACCAAAGCGACUCGAUGUGUGACAAUGGCAUCCUAAAUUUUGAACCUCCAAUAAUAAGCGCUGUACUGUUUGAUAACUGCAUAGAAGAUUUAGAAAUAAACAUGGUUUUGCCAUACGACAUAGGUAACCCUUGCAAUUUCUCACUUCAAUACGCUUCAGAAGAAGGCGAUGUUUUUUUUAUAUUGCAAGAUGGCUCGUUACUGAUCUUAGACAACGAAUCAUAUACGGUCGAACAAAACUACUGCCUCGAUGUCGAUAAAUCAGGGCAUUUAUUUGCAUUCACUUGCAUUACCCAGGUCGAGGAACACAUAGCAUUUGCUAAGGUAGUCACUGUGGCUGUUUUAAUGUUGAUAUCAAUGCCGGCCCUACUCUUAGUUAGUUAUUUGCACAUUUCACUACGUCUAUUGCGCAAUUUACAUGGACUUUCCUUAAGCUUGAUGUCGUUAUGUUUAGCUUCUGGAUACUUUGUACACUCAGUAGUACAUAUUUAUGGUAUUCCAUCGAUGGGUUUUAUUGGUUACGUAAUACAAUUUUGUAUACUAAGCUACUUUUUUUGGUAUUUAUGUAUAUGCUGUAAUGUUUUGCUAAAUAUUUGGUACAAAUUACCAUGUUGCAUUCAAUUGUCAAAGACUUGGACAAUGGUUAAUUUUGGAUGUUAUUGUUUUGUGUCAUUCACUGGACCAUCAGUUUUAGUUUUUUUAACCGUUCAAAAGGGCUUGCCUGGAAUGCCUUCAUAUUUUUUACAAGGGUUAUCCGAAUCUAUAAGGGAAUCACAACGGUACUUUAUUCCUCCUGUGUCCACAAUUCUUUUUAUAAGUUUCCUGGUUAAUAUAAUAUCUUUUUUUGGAUUUCAACGCAUUGACGGCUAUCUACGUGCUGAAAAAGAAGACAAUGUGAAUUCCUCUCGCACAGCGAUGUUUGAUCAGCAGAAAUACGAAGAGGUCAAAAAAGACGCUAAAUGCAUAAGUUUAUUGGGAAUCAUUAUGAUCAUAUCGUGGUUACUUGAAAUGGUGACAUUUUAUUCAAGCUCUGAUUCGAUUUAUUUGUUCCUUUGUGAUAUGGUGAAUGGCUUACAGGGUGUCUGGGUCCUAUUGAUAUUUUUGGUAGUACGCAGACGCCGCACAAUUAUACUUCGUUGGUGGUAUGAUCGCGGUUCCCACACAAUCCAUGCUGUGGAUACUGAGCUCCAGGUGGUCAAUAAAAACACAAAUCCUACGUGAACAAUAUAUUUGCAUAUAAAUUGUUUAUUAUAUUAAAUGAUUUUUGUUCUUUUACUUGUA